AUGGUAAAAUUUAGAAAGCAGAAGAAGGAAAAUCCAGCCGAGUUCAAAGAUGAUAGAGAACCAAAUAUUAGAUUCCCAAUCUUGUUGAUGAUUAAGAUUGUGGGAUGGGAAAUGAUUUGGAUUAUAAUAGGAAUGGUUGGAUAUGCUUGCUUUGGAGCAAUGCCUCAUAUCUUUAACAUUUUGAUGGGUGAAUUAAUUAAUAUUGUCGUUGGUGCAGAUGUCACUGGUAUAGAAAACAAAAUUAACAAUUUGGCCAUGUGGAUGGCGAUAAUAGCAGCCAUUGCAGCAAUUUUAACGUGGAUUGGAGGAUCAAUGAUGGCUUAUUCAUUCGAAAGAAUUGGUAUCCGUUUAAAGAAUGCCUAUAUUGAGAGUUUGAUGAAGCAAGAAAUUGGCUACUUUGACAUGAAGAGAACUGGUGAAUUAAUGUCGUGGAUGACUGAGUCUAUGGAACAAAUCCAAGACAGUUUCAGUAACAAAUUGGGAAGAGCUACUCAAUUCUUUGUUCAAGUAAUUUUGGGAAUUAUUCUAGCACUUGUCUUUUCAUGGAAGAUGGCUCUAGUAAUGAUUUCAUUUGCCCCAGUUAUCAUUUUGAUCAUGUUCAGCUCUGGUUUGGCAUCUCAGCUCAUUACCAAGAGAACUCUUAAAAUUUCAAACCAAGCUUCUGCCAUUGCCAAUGAAGUCAUAGGAGCUGUUCGUACGGUUAGAUCAAUGGAUUCAGAAAAUAAGGAAAUCAAUAGAUACAAGGAAAAAUUGUGGAGUGGUAAUUUGUUGUACGUGCUUAGAGCUAUUAUUUUGGGUGCACCAAUUGGAGCUCAAGAAAUCAGUAUUUGGGGUGUCCUUGCAUUGGGUAUGUGGUGGGGAGGUCAGUUAUUGGUCAAGUCAGAAAUUGCCUUUGCCAACAUGUUCAGAGUUUUUACCUUAUUGUUAAUGUCAGUCUUGGGUAGUUCUCAAAUUAUGGCUGUAAUUCCAGAUUUGACACGUGCCAUCCAAUCAUCAAAGAACUUGCUCAAAGUUAUUCGUAGAAUUCCAGCCACGAGAUUUGAUGGUGGAAUUACUCCUGAUAGAAUUAUUGGUGAAAUUGAAUUUAAGGAUGUUUCCUUCUCCUACCCAACCAGACCAAAUAUUCAAGUAUUGAAGAACUUUUCACUCACUAUCAAACCUGGUCAAGCCAUCGCUUUGGUUGGUAGUUCAGGCUCUGGUAAAUCAACAAUUAUUAGUUUAUUGGAAAGAUUCUAUGAACCACUCAGUGGUAAAGUUAUUUUGGAUGGAAAUGAGCUUUCAGAAAUUGAUCCUCAUUGGCUCAGAACUCAUGUUGGUCUAGUUGGUCAAGAACCUGUUUUGUUCUCUGGAACAAUUAAGGAAAAUAUAUGUUAUUCCAUUAGAAAAACAUCCAAUGAUCCAUUCCCAAGUGAGGAAGAAAUUAUCAAUGCUGCCAAGGCUGCUAAUGCUCAUGACUUUAUUUCUGCACUUCCUGAUGGAUAUAAUACAGUUUUGGGUGAACGUGGUGUUUCUCUUUCAGGUGGUCAAAAACAACGUAUUGCUAUUGCUAGAUCAGUGAUUCAAAAUCCUGAAAUUCUAUUACUCGAUGAAGCUACCUCUGCUCUCGAUACCAAUUCUGAAGCAGUCGUUCAAGAUGCUCUGAACAAACUCAUGAAGGGAAGAACUACUAUUGUCAUUGCUCACAGAUUAUCAACCAUUGUAAAUUCUGAUUUAAUUUGUGUAUUCCAUAAGGGUGAAUUGAAGGAACAAGGUACACACGAUCAAUUGAUGAAUUCUGGUGGUCUUUAUGCUGAAUUGGCAAGAAAGCAAAUGAUGAAGAAGCAAGACAGUAGUGAAGAAUUGACCAAGGUUGCAGAAGAUGAAAUUGCACUUGAAACCCCUUACAAAUCACAAGCUACUUUUGAAACAGUCGAGUCCAAGGAAUCACUCACUUCCAAUUCUGAUGAAUAA